AUGGAGAUGGAGAGAGUGCAAGCUUUGGCCUAUGCUGGGCUCAACGAGCUUCCGGCUCAGUUCAUCAGGCCAAUCAAUGAACGUCCCGAGAACAGUAAGCCCAUCUCUGGGGUGACUGUACCUGUGAUAUCCCUAUCACAGCCACGCCAUGUCAUUAUAGAGGAGGUCUACAAGGCAUGCAGGGAGUGGGGUUUCUUCCUUGUCACCGAUCAUGGGAUAUCGUCAGCUUUGAUUCAACAGCUACAAGAGGUGGGCCAGCAAUUCUUCGGGCUCCCCCAAAAGGAGAAAGAAGCCUAUGCAAAUGACCCAGCAACUGGUAAGUUUGAAGGGUAUGGUACAAAGAUGACCAAGAAUUUAGAUGAGAAGGUUGAAUGGGUGGAUUAUUUUUUCCAUGUUAUGUCACCGAAAGCUAAGACCAACUAUGAUAUAUGGCCCAAACAUCCACAUACCUACAGGGAAGUGACAGAAGAGUACAACAAGGAAAUGUUAAGGGUGACAAAUGAACUCCUGGAGCUUCUUUCAGAGGGGUUAGGCGUGGAAGGGAAUGUUUUGAAAUCCCAUUUGGGUGGAGAAGACAUAGAACUAGAAAUGAAGAUAAACAUGUAUCCACCUUGUCCACAGCCUCAACUGGCCCUGGGAGUUGAGCCUCACACUGACAUGUCUGCACUCACCAUACUCGUCCCCAAUGAUGUUCCAGGCCUUCAUGUAUGGAAAGAUGGGAAUUGGGUUGCUGUCAAUUACUUGCCGAAUGCACUCUUUGUCCAUGUUGGUGAUCAAAUUGAGGUGUUGAGCAAUGGGAAAUACAAGAGUGUUCUUCACAGGAGUAUUGUAAACAAGGAGCGUAUGCGGAUGUCAUGGGCAGUGUUUGCUGUUCCUCCACAUGAAGCAUUGAUUGGACCACUUCAAGAGCUCGUGGAUGACGAUCAAAACCCACCCAAAUACUCAACCAAAACCUUCGCUGAAUAUCGAUACCGCAAGUUUAACAAGCUCCCUCAGUAA